UCACCAGUCGAUAGCAGGAUAUCGCGGUGGCAGGACAAACACCUGUAGAAAAUAAACAGAAACGCGCGAAAGAGUUUUAAAGUACCCUAAAAUUGGUAGUGAUUAUUUUUGACUGUUUUUGUUUGUUAUUUUAAUAAAACUUUUACAUAUAUGUAGUCAAGAGACAGUAUUAUAUUUUUAUGAAGAGUUUUUAAUUAAAAUUGUGUAACGAUGUAAUGGACAAUUUAUAUAUGACAGAUAUAACUACAUCAGUUGUAAUGCAUCAGUGAAAACGAAAAGAACAUGGAGAAUGUUCUGUGGAACUCUUCAUACGUUUAUGGCAUCGACAAUGAAAGUGGAUGGGGUGGCAGAUACUUCUUCACUUACUUCUCCGAAUUUGACAACAGCAGGAGCUACUAUUAUAUCGUCGAAGUGGUUAUAUUCUUGCUGACUUUUGUAGUUUCUAUAAUAGCCAAUGUGUCCAUCAUCAUAUGCGUUGCACGUUAUCCAGAAAUGAAGACGGUGACUAACUGCUUCGUGCUGAACUUGGCCGUUGGCGACCUGUUAUUUGCACUGACCAUUCCCGUAGUUGCUUACACAAGACUGACCCAAUCAUGGAGGCUGGGCGAUAUAACAUGUAGGAUAGUACCAUACAUUCAGUUUGUUUCAGGAAUAGUCCUGCUAUGGACGCUAGCACUAAUAAGCAUAGACCGUCACCGCUGCAUCGUGGUGCCACCAUACAGAUCCAAAAUGAGUCCCUCUCAAGCCACGAUCGCUUCCUGCUUGAUCUGGUUGGCCACAGCCGCAGUAUUCAUUCCAGUCACGUUGUGGUUCAGAGAAAUCCACUCUGAAAACGACUUGACAGUGUGUUCGUUGGUGUUUCCCAAAUCGGACACAGUCAGCUUUUCCAUAGUAUUUAUAGUAGUUGUAGUCCUAUUCGCUUGCCUCCUGCCCAUGGGCUUACUAGUCUACCAUUACCAGCAGAUAUUCCAGAAAAUAUUAUCAACUAAAAAUGCCUGGUCUACGUCGUGCGUGGUGAUUAGUGCUGUAGAGAUAAAAGGCUGUAGCAGAGCCCAGACGAGAAGACAGAGCGAACUGAGCCUUUCAGAUAUAUUCGUACCCUGGCCACGAAAGUUCUCUACACAAAUGAGCACGACCAACGCCAGCAGACACGGUUCUUUGUCCACUCAAGAGGAACUGAGACUUAACAAACACAUCAAAGUCGUUCGAAUACUAUUUCUGAACGUUCUAGUGGUCCUAGCUAUGUGGUUACCGAUAACAAUCGUCAUGGUACUUAUUCACAUAGAUGGCAGAAGGGACAACAAUGACAGGAACUAUUUUCUACGAUCUUGCCAUUUUAUAGCGGCUUUACUUAUAGCUCUAUCCAACACUGUAGUCAAUCCUUUACUUUAUGGAGUACUCUCUGACAAUUUUCGAGUUUGCCUCAUGAAAAUUUGGUGUAGAAGGAAAGCCUCGUUGCUAGAUCCAGCUACGCCAUCUAGCGGUAGGCAAAAUGGUAAACUGAAGAGGCCUAGUGCUUCUUUGAGCGAGAAGAGUGAGAAAAGUGAAAAAUACGAUACAGAGAGGAAAGCUGUCAAUUGUAUAGUUUAAGUCGACUUAUAAAUUAGCUUAUAUUAAAUGUAAGUCAAUAAAAUAGAGUUAUAUAUA